AUGGCGCAGAAAAUCCUUCUCAUCAAUGGCCCCAACCUUAAUCUCCUUGGCACCAGGGAGCCUCAAAUCUACGGAUCAGCAACUCUAAAUGACGUCGUCAAACAAGCAAAAAUCCAAGCAGCGGAGCUGUCUAUACAAGUCGAAGCCUUUCAAUCCAAUCACGAAGGGGCCAUUGUAGAUAAGAUCCAAGCAGCAAGAGGGGAAGUGGAUGGAAUCAUCAUCAACCCUGGCGCCUUUACACACACCAGCGUGGCGAUUCGCGACGCUCUCCUUAGCGUUGGAAUUCCUUUUGUUGAGAUUCACGUCUCGAAUGUCCACGCGCGAGAGCCAUGGAGGCGGCAUAGUUACUUGAGCGAUAAAGCGCAGGCGGUCAUUUGCGGAUUGGGCGUGUUUGGAUAUACAGCUGCAAUUGAGUUUGCCGCGAAGCAUAUGAAAGUUAAUGUUGGAGCAUCCAAGCUGUAG